AUGACUGAGGCACCUGCUGACUACUUGUCAACCACCAGCUCCUACAACUAUGAGCAGCCCCUUCCCGCCGGGGCUCGGACAAGCACUGUCACCAAGGUACCUCCAGCCAAAAAAAUAACCUUCUUCAAGAGUGGAGAUCCUCAGUUUGAGGGAGUCAAGAUGGCCAUCAACCAGAGAAGCUUCAAGAGCUUCAAUGCACUCAUGGAUGACCUCUCUCAUCGGGUCCCACUGCCGUUUGGGGUACGGACCAUCACCACCCCACGAGGAAUACAUUGCAUCAAUGAGCUGGACCAGCUGGAAGAUGGGGGAUGUUACCUUUGCUCUGACAAGAAAUAUGUCAAGCCUAUCAGCAUUACUUCUGGGAGGUACAGGCCAGGCCCUCCACGAAAUGGUCGUCCCUCCAGCACCUUGAGAAGAGCAGCUCAGGAAGGUAGACUUGAAGAUUAUUCCACAGCUUUUACACAGCACGGACCUAGAAUACCCAAGAAAAUCACUCUACUUAAGAAUGGAGAAACCAGUUUUCGGCGCUCGAUUAUCUUGAACCGCAGAAAUGCCAGGAGCUUCAUAACACUCCUGGAUGAGAUCUCAGAGAUCCUGCAGUUCCCAGUGAAGAAGCUCUACACUGUUGAUGGGAAGAAGAUCGACAGCAUGCAGGCUCUGCUCCACUGCCCCAGCGUGCUGGUGUGUGUCGGCCGGGAGCCGUUCAAACCGGUAUCCAUGGAAAAUUUGAGGAAACACUCGGUGGAGAAGCUGCCCGACCUGACCCCUCGUUCCAAUGGCAACAAUAUCAACGAAAACAAUGAAGCGAACUUUGGGCUGAAAGCCAAAAAAAGUGUUAUCCAUCCACGGACAUCAUCAAGCACCAGGUCAAUGAGAUUUUCUUUAUCAUCAGAAAAGUCAUAUCCUAAUGGUCUCGCUGCCUCACCGGAUAAUGGGGCACCUUUCUCAAACAGUUGCUCACAUCCAAAACCUGGGGACCUGGUCCAUUCCUUGGUCAAUGACGACAUAGAAAAGCGGGUACACGUGAACAAGGAUGGAAGCCUGUCUGUUGAGAUGAAAGUUCGCUUCCGCUUGCUGAAUGAUGAGACUCUGCAAUGGUCCACCCAGAUCAAAAAGUCCAACAUGAAUCAGAUGCCUUGUGAAGAGUCCUGUGUAGAGGACAGUGGAGUAGACCCCAUACAGAAAAUGAACCCAGAGGUCAGCUCAGAGGCAGAUGAGUCAUUAUAUCCCUGUGAUAUUGAUUCUUACAUGUCAAAACUUGAGGAAUCGGAAUGUGAUGAGGUUCAUUGUCACAGCUGUGGCAAGAAACACCAGGAUUAUGACAUUUGGAAAAAUCCCAUGCACACAUCCCAGAGGGAAGAGCCCAGUGUACGAAGCACCUGGCGCACACGGUCGUCAUGCUCCAGCACAUCGUCCCGGAGAAGGGUAGUCCACAAAAAAAUGGCUUCUGUGGAUAGUCUCCAUACCACAUCCAGUGAGGAGUUCUCUGAACACAUUGUCCAUGAGUCCUCAUCCUACUCAGAGACUGUAGAGAACAGAGUGUCAUACCGAUCAAUUAAAAAGUGUACCUGUCGAAGUGAGUUGUCUACAGGUGUUUCCAAUGGAGAAGACCAGCAAGAAUACACCCGGACAAGCACGAGCAACAGUCAGAGACCUUCAUCCGUGGGCGCAAUGUCACAUUCAAGCUGUGAAAACAACCUUGAUCCUCAAGACAGCCCUGAAGACCAUGAGCCCAGCAAAACCAAUUCACAACACGAAGAUGAAAAUUGUUUUGAAGUAUCCUCUGUGAAGUGCUUGAAGGAUGACAUGGAAGAGGUUGAAAGCAGCAGAGUUGGGAGUGCCAUGUCAAGGUCAUCUCUGCAGUCCAGACAGAGCAAGAAAAAUGUAUGUGAGGAAACAAGUGUUGCUAGGAGCAUGUCUUCCUCUAGCCUUCAGAGAGCAAAUCAAGAAGAUAACACCAGGUGCUCCACCCCUGCCAAUAGUGUGCACAGUAAGUCUAGCAAAUGUCCUACACCAAGAGCUCAGAGUGAACAAGAUGACCACCCUAAUGACAAUGCAAUGGUCUCUUUCUCCAACGAAUCCCACCCCCAGAAAGAGACUGAAGAAGUUGGAGCAGAACAAGAAGAACACGAAAUCAGUGAAGUCGGCUCAGUGUCAGCAAAAUCAAGGGCCAGCCAACCAAUUAGAGAUGAGAGCAGUGAAGCUGCAAGCAAAGUAUAUGAUGAGAAAAAUAAAGAGAUUAAUGACUCUUGCAGCAGAAAAGAGAAUGAAGAUUUAGAAGGUGUGAGCAUUCAGGAGGAAGGGAGUGAGUUAAUGCCAUCUACUCUACCAAAUGCAUCUCCAGAGGAAGUUGUGCAAGAAUGGCUAAAUAAAAUCCCUACAGAAGUAUUACUACUGAAAUAUGAAAUGAAUGAUUGUGCAGAAGAAGAAUCUGCCAAGGUUGACCAGGAGGAAUGUAACCAGGAGGAAUGUAACCAGGCAGAAUGUGACCAAGCAGAAUGUGACCAAGCAGAAUGUGACCAAGCAGAAUGUGUCCAGGGAGAAUGCAACCCACCAGUUACAUCCAGCCAAAACACCAACCAAAAAGAGCUGCCAACCUCAGUCCAGACCUCUGUCCAGAUCAUGAAGGCCUUGCUCAGUUCAAAAUACGAAUCAAAAUUUGACCGAUCAAACAGUUUGCCUGAAAUGUCCCCCACUAUGGGGAAAAAACUGAGUAACUCUGCCAACGUUUUGAUUACUUGUCUUGCCAGUCUCCAACUCCUUGAUGAAGAAUCAGAAGAUCCAGCAGAUAAACGUUUGAGUAAGCCAAGUUAUCUGGACCUGUUAAAUAUUUUUCAAGCCUUAUGGUUUGGAUGCACAGAUGAAAAAUGUGUUUCAAGUCCAGAUCAAGAGGCAAGUGAGCAGGCAAAGACAGCCCCUGGGUGUAAAGCCCAAGCAUCUGUAGACAAUGACUUCACUCCCAUGUCCUCCUCUGGGGUCGAUGUUAACAGUGGUUCUGGUGGCUCAGGAGAAGAUUGCACCAGGGAUUGCACUUCAACAGCACUGAAAACUGCUGAAGUUAAAGCAGCUGGACAAGUGGAAAAUGUAGUGACUGGCAUUGAACCAACUGAGGCUGAAGAGCAAAUUCACAAGCAAGAGAAGUCAUCCCGACCUUCAACAGCUUGCUCAAAAAUUAAGGAGAAAGCAGAGUCUACCAGACAGGAAUCUCUAAUUCAGGAAGCAGAAGAGAAGGGGGAAAAUCAGUGCAGCAACUGUGAAAAUGGUCAGGAGGAAGGGGAAGAAAAAGAAAAUGAAGAAAACAGCAAGUUAACUGAAAAUGGAGAACAAGAAGAAGCUGAAGCUGUAAAUGAUGAAAAUUUUGAAGAGGAAACUGAUCAGCUAGCUAUUGCUGAUGAUAUAAAUGCCAUUAAUGCUGAUUGUGGAACAGAACUGAAAGCUGAUUUGGAAGAGCAACUUGAAAAAGAGUCUCCAGAUGAUCCAAAGCCCAAUGUUGACGUGGCCACCAGUGUGGACUCAUCCAUUACUCAGCAAAACUCAAUGGAACCAGACCCAACCUGGGUCCUGAAACUGCUCAAGAAAAUUGAGAAGGAGUUCAUGGCUCAUUAUGUCAGUGCCAUGGAUGAGGUCAAAGUCAGGUGGAACCUGCAGAACAACGAGCAGAUGGAUGAAAUGAUUUUGGAGCUGAAGGAAGAAGUAAGCAAAAGGAUACAGAAAAGCAUAGAAAAGGAGCUGAGGAAGAUUAAAGCCAGAGCAGAGGAGAAGACAUCAAGACCUCCAGGUGAAUCACCCAAGAGUGAGUCAACCUUGAGUCAACAAACUGAGGAGAGGAGACGGCGGUUGCAGUCUAUGCAUAGAAAUGGAAACCAGAGUAUGCCAGAGGACACCUCAGACUUAUCAUUUGAUGUAGGUGAUGAUGAAGCCUUUAAUGCAGCUUUUGAGGCCAGUAUUAGUAAACAAACAAGUGAGGAGGAAUUCUGCCCAUGUGACACUUGUGUGAGGAAAAAAAUAGCUUCCAAGCCCAUAAGAAACCCAGUGGUGGCCACCAAUGCCCCAAUUGUGAAAGCAUUUGAUUUACAGCAAAUCCUGAGGCUGAGGAAAAAUGAGGAAGCCUGUGUCUCAGAAGCAGCCCAGGACAUCACAAAAAUUACCAGAAACUCUGUGGAGGAAGCAGCAGAAAAUAACAAUCAAAAGGAGGAGAAUGAUGAGGGUGACUUCCAGCCAAGUGAAACGGAAGCGAAGGGCAAUGAAGAAAAGGAGCCAAAACUCGACGAGGUGGACAGCUCAACAUUGAAUGGAAAUGGAGAAGGACCUGAAAUAUCAGAGAGUAAAAACUGUGAGAUGGAGGAUGAGGUUAAAGAUGAAGAAACAAAAGAAGAAGAAAAGGAAGACAUAGAAGAAGUAGGGGAAGAAAUGAAAGUGAGAGGAGAGGAAGCAAAAGAGGAGGAAGAAGCGAAAGAGGAAGAAGUAAUUAUGAAGGCAGAAGACAAGGAGGAAACAAAAGAGGAGGAAACAAAAGAGGUUGAAGAGAAGGACGAGGAGGAAGAAACAGAAGACAAACAGGAGGAGAAAGUGGAUGAGGAGGAAGAAACAAAAGGGGAAGAUAUUAAGGAGGAGGAAGAAAAGGAGAAGAAGGAGGAAGAGGAAGUGAAGGAAGAAGGAGAAGAAACAAAAGAGGAAGAGGAAUCAAAGGAGGAAGAGGAGGAAGAAGUGAAGGAGAAAGAGGAAGAAGGAAAAGAGGAAGAGGAGGAAGAAGUGAAGGAGAAAGAGGAAGAAGGAAAAGAGGAA